CCGGUACGCACGAGGACAACAAAUCGAGCGUCCCCUCGGCGAAAGAAACGGCAAGAAAACACUUCCGGGUGUCUUUGACUCUUCCUCACUUUAACUUGAUAUUUUUUUAACGGAGUUUGGUUUAGUAGUUUGAGACUUUUAAAUAUGAAGAGUUAAUAAAAACAGAGAAGAAGAAGAAAAACUGUCCGUUAGAAGAAGAAGGAAGUUUUUACAGCCCUGAAGGAACGAGGGAGCAGACUGACAGGAGGAAGUAGAAGAAGAUGGAGGUGGUGGAUCAAAGAGGAGGCGUAAACAUGGCGUCCGGCGUCACAGGCGAGGAGGACACCGGUCCGAGGGACGCAAACAGUAACUGCAACCACGGCAACAGCUGUGUCACUUCCUGUCCAGCUGAGGCCGCGCCAGAGGUCCACAUGGAAGUGACGCCCCAGAAAUUAGGACCCGUGGUAGUUCAAGGAAACAACAAGAACCCGGCCGGUGAGAAGCUGGAGAGGGUCCGCAAGUGGAGCGUCACCACCUACAAGUGCACCCGGCAGGCGCUGUCGGAGAAGCUCGGGCGGGGCUCUCGUACGGUGGAUCUGGACCUGGAGCCUCGUCUGGAGCUGCUCAAAGACGACCGGCAGCGCUACGACAACGUGACCAAGCUGGCGCAGACGCUGGCCAAUCAGCUCGCUCAGUUCACCGUUACCCAGAAGACCCUGGGGGACGCCUUCACUGAGCUCAGCCUCAAAACACCAACACUGCAUGUGGAGUUUGGUGUGAAUGCAGAGGCUCAGAAGUUUCUGUCAAAGAGCGGCGAGACUCUGACGACGGCCAUUACCGCCUUCACGUUCGACAUGAACACGCUGGUCAACAAAACCAUCGGGGACACCAUGAUCAACGCCAAGCAGUACGAGGCUGCCAGGAUCCAGUACGACGCGUACCGUGUGGACCUGGAGGAGUUGAACCUGGGACCCCGGGACGACAUCACCCUGCCCAAACUGGAGCUGGCCCAGAAAGACUUCCAGAGCCAGAGGGAGCGGUACCAGAAGAUCAGAGACGACCUGUCCGUCAAAGUGAAGCUGCUGGAGGAGAACAAGGUCAAAGUCCUUCACAACCAGCUGUGGCUGCUGCAAAGCGCCGUCGCUGCUCACAGUUUAUCGUGCCAAAGCUUCCUGCAGCAAAACAUCCGGCAGGCCGGCGAACAGCUCACCAGCCCCGGUGUGGACGCCCCGUCCUGGCUGGAGGAGAGUUGACACAACAACAACCACAAUUGUCCUCAUGGCAGGUGUUCGGAUGUUUUGGGAUUAAUGGACGAGAAAUGAUCGGAUGGAUGUGAAUUUUGUGAAUUAGAGGUUGUGUGUUACAGAAACGGGGAGUUCGAUACUUUAGAACUGAUUAGUUUGGAUGUUGCUCCCGCAGGUCUGGAAAGACAAAGUGGAAUCGUAUCACUUUCCUGGUCCGAAGAUGUUGUGGAGAUGAAAACUCUCCAUAAUGUUCAUUAUUUUGAUCUCUUGACAUUAUAUUUAGGGUCCGUACUAUACUUGCAUCACAGACAGUACUUGACCUGUUUUACAGACACGUACACACCCUUUCUGGUUUUAUUUCCUCUGUCUCAGUGUGUUGGGGAGUAAAUCUAUAAUCCUCUGUGAGGCACUAAGCCUUCCUUUGAACUUUAGAAAUCCAAAAUCCACUGCAGUCAGAAACUCACAGUGACUGAAAGUGCCUCGACACCACUGCAGGAAAACAUCUUCUCUGUUCCACAGUGGCCGGUAGGAUCCACAGUGGCCGGUAGCAUCCACAGUGGCCUGUAGGAGUGGCCGGUAGGAUCCACAGUGGCCUGUAGGAUCCACAGUGGCCUGUAGGAUCCACAGUGGCCUGUAGGAUCCACAGUGGCCUGUAGGAGUGGCCUGUAGGAUCCACAGUGGCCGGUAGCAUCCACAGUGGCCUGUAGGAUCCACAGUGGCCGGUAGGAUCCACAGUGGCCUGUAGGAUCCACAGUGGCCUGUAGGAUCCACAGUGGCCUGUAGGAUCCACAGUGGCCUGUAGGAUCCACAGUGGCCUGUAGGCAUCCACAGUGGCCUGUAGGAUCCACAGUGGCCUGUAGGAUCCACAGUGGCCGGUAGCAUCCACAGUGGCCUGUAGGAUCCACAGUGGCCUGUAGGAUCCACAGUGGCCUGUAGGCAUCCACAGUGGCCGGUAGCAUCCACAGUGGCCUGUAGGAUCCACAGUGGUCCUGUAGGCAUCCACAGUGGCCUGUAGGAUCCACAGUGGCCGGUAGGAUCCACAGCGUGCACCAGCUUCAGGAUCUGAUUCCGCUAGUUAACGUUAACGUUAGCUCAAAAUGAAACGUGGCUGUUCUCGGGUUAAUGUGCUCUCUGCAAGUUUGUGUUUGUUGUUGGCAAAAUAUUAUUUGUUCUGUAAAAGAAGCACAAAUCUUAAGGCUCGUACAAACUCUGCGUCCGUGGACCGCGGAGGUUGUACUACAGUUUCCACGUUGGUUUGGCGUUCCUUGAUGCACAUUUAUGGAUUCACACUCCACGUUACGUUUGGAUUUCAACGCCCUUUGUCUGUGUUUGUAUUCCUUUUUAAAGAUGAGUUAUAUUCAUGUUGGUAACGACGACACCUCCUCACACAGCCUCUCUUCAAAACAAGCAUUCAGUUUGUUUCCUUCUUCUUCUUCUUCUUCUGGGCAAACAGAAGUGCAUACGCCACCAACUGUGGAAAGAACCAGGACCGUGCUCACGGGCGCUUGCUACAUGUCCACGCGGACACACCAAAGCUUUGACUUGGCGUUUACUGUUGUGCUGUAGAAUCUCUGCCUUCUCGAAGCCCAAAGAAAGUACUAAUGUAAUAUUUUAAUAACUUUAAACCUUUGCCACAAAUAUUGAAAGCUGAAUCUAAAUGAAUUUGAUGAGGAACUCCACAGAGGAAAGAUUAGCUGGAUGCUAACUUCAUUUAUCAGCCAAAGAUUUAGUUUUAGCAGAAUCUUUCUGGUUGGCUGCCGAACAUUUCCUGCUCUGGUUUACGCAACGGGAAGCUCGACGACGUGUAAAUAAUCUGCAACGAGCCAAAAUACUGACGCAGUAUGUCGACGACGUCGUCUUAUUCGUUGGUGAAGAAAGGUUCGUUUUAGCCGAUCAGGCAGUAACCAAAGUUUUGGUGUUUAUUUCUUGUCUGUCUGACAGAACUGUGAUAUAAUUAUUUUAUUAAGAUUAAACCUCAACCAUGACUUCCUAAACAUCAUGAUGAACUCCACCACCCACAGCUGUUGGUUCUUCUUAACGUACUUCACUUACAUUCCACUUUACAGACAGCUAAUGUUCAUUUGAACAGUUUCAUCUGUUACUAUUGUCGUCCAUUUCUUCUCUUGUUCAUCGAUGAGGAAAGGUUUCCAACAUCCUUCAUCAGCAGCCAAUUUAGUAGCCAAUGAAGUUUAGUGUUGAACGUUAGCCAUGAAAUACUACAUUGUGAAAAGCUUGAGCGAGUUCCGUCAGUUUAGAUGCAAAUACUAAAUGAUUUGCUACUUUCUGCACGUUUCUUUCUUUUGAUUGACCAACACGUUGCUCUCCUGUUCAUCCCGACACAACAGAGACAUUCGAUUCAUGGAGAACGUUGCUGUUAUGUUGUCCUGAAUGUCCUCGCACUCUUUGCACACGAUCAGAAGCCCGAAAUGUUUCGUACGAUACUGAACGAGGAGGUGAAUUUACUCCUUUCAUGAAUGUUGUUUGUUUGUGUCUCUGUACCUCAGUCCCGACGACAACAAUGCAAUAAUGCCUUAGUGAUAUGUAAACUGCUCAUGACUUUGCUUCCUCGUAGUCUAAAGAACAACCGUCCCACCGGAAGCAAACAACGUAUUAAAGGGAAAUUCCACUCAAUUUGACAAUGGGGGGGGGAAAGCUUCAACUUACAGUGUUGUUAAAUUGUGAAACAGCACAGCAGGGUUGGGUUGUACGUCCCAACAUACUGUAACUCAGAUUCAGUUGGUUUUCCUCCAACACACGGAUCUCAUGCUCGUAACAAACGUGAAGAGUAGAGAAGAAGAGAGACUUCAUUUUAUUUCAUUUAUAAAAGGACCAACAUUUACAUAAAUGAUGUCAAAUUGUUUAAAUCUUGUUGGAAAUGUUUCUUUGUAAUUGCCAAAUAAAUCUAUUGAAAGAAA